AUGGCUCUGUCCCAGGGACUGUUGACCUUCAGGGAUGUGGCCGUAGAGUUCUCUCAGGAGGAGUGGGACUACCUGGACCCUGCUCAGAGGGCUCUGUACAGGGACGUGAUGUUGGAGAACUACAGGAACCUGGUCUCCCUCGGUGAGCACCGCUUCUCUCCAGACGCCCCUCUGCCGCUUGCUGGCCCAGCUCACAGCCAGUAUAGCUGCUUCAAGGCCAUGAGGGAAGAAGGCGCUGUGGGCAGCCACACGUGCGAGGUGAUGGCGGGCUCGUGCCGAGCUCUGUGCUCUGAACGGGCAGGGGGUGCGGACGCUCCUCCGUCCCCUGCUCCGUGGCUCUCUGCAGGGACAGUGUGGUUCGCGCUGCUGCUGGCUGGCCCGCCAGCCCUGACUCGUUUACGGAUAACAGUGAGCUGGUGCCCGGUCCUGCCCGUGUGCCUGACCCUCCCGGCCAGGCGCUUGCCUUCCAGUGCUGCACCGGACAGUGUUCCCUUUGACCCCGACGGUUUCCACGGGGUGACUUUCACAAGUGCAUCGCCAGACGCUUCCCAGUCUCAGUGUGGAUGUCCCGCUGAAAGGCGUCCGCCGUGCGGGACCCUGCUGGUGACACACCAGGGCCAGAGCCGCCAGCAUCGAACAACACUCGGGCCACCAGCAGGCGGCCUGACGGGUGGGGUGGGCGUGGAGUUCUGCCCCGUCACUCACGUCCUGACUGCCCGCGCCCACGCCACGGCUCAGUUCCCCGACUCCUCACUCGCUUUGGUGACGUUUGCAGACGUGGCCAUAGACUUCUCUCAGGAGGAGUGGGCGUGCCUGGCCCCCACUCAGAGGGACCUGUACUGGGACGUGAUGUUGGAGAACUACAGCAACCUGGUCUCCCUCGAAUUGGUGUCAACCUACGAGACCGAGGGUUUGCCUACAGAAAAGAACAUUUAUGAAAUAAGCUUUUCCCAGUGGAACGCACAUCGGAAAAGCAAAUCCUUUUUGCUUGACUGGAAGUAUGCAGGUGAGUGUGAAGCCCCACAGGGCCAGCGCCACCCAGCGAGAACCAGCUGUGAAAACACGCCCACCUGUAGGCAGAGCACCUCUGGUAGACCACCCCAGAAACCUCACUCCAGAGAGAACUCCUUUGAGUGUAAGGAGUGUGGGAAGGCCUUUAGUCGUGGCUAUCAGCUUGCUCAACAUCAGAAAAUCCACACCGGGGAGAAGCCUUACGAGUGUAAGGACUGUAAGAAGACCUUCCGUUGGGGCAAUCAGCUGACCCAGCAUCAGAAAAUCCACAGCGGGGAGAAGCCUUACGAGUGUAAGGACUGUGGGAAGGCCUUUCGGUGGGGCUCCAGCCUUGUGAUUCAUAGGCGAAUCCACACCGGUGAGAAGCCCUAUGAAUGUAAAGACUGUGGGAAAGCCUUCCGGCGUGGCGACGAACUCACUCAGCAUCAGAGAUUUCACACCGGAGAGAAAGACUAUGAGUGUAAAGACUGCGGCAAGACCUUCAGCCGCGUCUACAAGCUCAUCCAACACAAGAGAAUUCACAGUGGCGAGAAGCCCUACGAAUGCAAAGACUGCGGCAAGGCCUUUAUUUGUGGCUCAAGCCUUGUACAACAUAAAAGAAUUCAUACUGGGGAAAAGCCCUUUGAAUGUCAAGAAUGUGGCAAGGCCUUUACUCGCGUCAAUUAUCUUACUCAACAUCAGAAAAUUCACACGGGGGAGAAGCCUCACGAGUGUAAGGAGUGUGGCAAAGCCUUUCGUUGGGGUUCAAGCCUAGUCAAACAUGAGAGAAUCCAUACUGGUGAGAAGCCAUAUAAGUGUACAGAAUGUGGGAAGGGCUUUAACUGUGGCUAUCACCUUACUCAGCACGAGAGAAUCCAUACUGGUGAAACACCUUAUAAGUGUAAGGAAUGUGGAAAGGCCUUUAUUUAUGGUUCAAGCCUUGUUAAACAUGAGCGAAUCCAUACAGGUAAGAAACCCCAUAAGUGUAAUGACUGUGAGAAGGCCUUUGGCCAUCGCCACCAGCUGACACAGCAUCAGAAAGUUCAUGAGAAGAGUUCAUCCAGUGAGAACCCCGAGGAAUGUAAGGAGGGUGGGAAGGCUUUCAGGAAUGCCAGUCAGCUGAGAGAACAUCAGAAAAUGCACACCCGUGAAAACCCGCUCCCAAACCAAGAACGUCAGAAGACUCUUAGACAACCAUCAGGCCUUCCUCAGCAUGAGGAGAAGCCGUGA